GCCCGGCUAAGCCUGCGCGGGGCCGCCUAGAGAGCUCACAGCUUCGCAGGCGGCCUCCGGUUGCAGACCGCUGCGCACACGGCCCUAGGCAAAGACCAAGGGCUCACCCGAGGCUCGGCGGCCGACGCGGCUCUCGGAAUAUGGCAACCUGUGCAUGGCUUGUCCUGGGAGGAGCUGACUUCAGUCAUUGUGAUGCCUAAGAAUCAAGUGUGACGUUUCUCCAGGUACUUCAUGGUGUUCUCCUCCAUCCUCUCCACACCACUGCUCUACGUGGCUCCUGAAACAUGGGGGAAAACGAGGACGAGAAGCAGGCCCAGGCCGGGCAGGUUUUCGAGAACUUUGUCCAGGCUUCCACGUGCAAAGGCACCCUCCAGGCCUUCAACAUCCUCACACGGCACCUGGAUCUAGACCCUCUGGACCACAGAAACUUUUAUUCCAAGCUCAAGUCCAAGGUGACCACCUGGAAGGCCAAGGCCCUGUGGUACAAACUGGACAAGCGUGGGUCCCACAAAGAGUACAAGCGAGGGAAGUCCUGUAUGAACACCAAGUGUCUCAUCAUUGGAGGAGGACCAUGUGGUUUGCGCACUGCCAUUGAACUUGCCUACCUGGGGGCCAAAGUGGUCGUGGUGGAGAAGAGGGACACCUUCUCCCGGAACAACGUGCUGCACCUCUGGCCUUUCACCAUCCAUGACCUGCGAGGCCUGGGAGCCAAGAAGUUCUAUGGGAAGUUCUGUGCCGGCUCCAUCGACCAUAUCAGUAUUCGUCAGUUGCAGCUCAUCCUGUUCAAGGUGGCCUUGAUAUUGGGGGUUGAAAUCCAUGUGAAUGUGGAGUUCGUGAAGGUCCUAGAGCCUCCUGAAGAUCAAGAAAAUCAAAAAAUUGGCUGGCGGGCAGAAUUUCUCCCUGCAGACCACUCUCUGUCAGAGUUUGAGUUUGAUGUCAUCAUUGGAGCCGAUGGCCGCAGGAACACGCUGGAAGGGUUCAGAAGAAAAGAAUUCCGUGGGAAGCUGGCUAUUGCGAUCACCGCCAACUUCAUAAACAGAAACAGCACAGCUGAGGCCAAGGUGGAAGAGAUUAGCGGCGUGGCUUUCAUCUUCAAUCAGAAAUUUUUUCAGGAUCUUAAAGAAGAAACAGGGAUUGAUCUUGAGAACAUUGUUUACUACAAGGACUGCACCCACUAUUUUGUCAUGACUGCCAAGAAGCAGAGCUUGCUUGACAAAGGUGUCAUCAUUAAUGACUAUAUCGACACAGAGAUGCUGCUGUGUGCAGAGAACGUGAACCAGGACAGCCUGCUUUCCUAUGCACGCGAAGCUGCAGACUUCGCCACCAAUUACCAGCUGCCGUCUUUAGACUUUGCCAUGAACCAUUACGGACAACCCGACGUGGCCAUGUUCGAUUUCACCUCCAUGUACGCCUCCGAGAAUGCAGCCCUGGUGCGCGAGCGACAGUCACACCAGCUGCUCGUGGCCCUGGUGGGCGACAGCUUGCUUGAGCCGUUCUGGCCGAUGGGCACCGGCUGUGCCCGCGGCUUCCUGGCAGCCUUUGACACGGCGUGGAUGGUGAAGAGCUGGGACCAGGGCACUCCUCCCCUGGAGCUGCUGGCUGAAAGAGAAAGUCUUUACCGGCUGUUACCUCAAACGACCCCAGAGAACAUCAACAAGAACUUUGAGCAGUACACGUUGGACCCGGGGACGCGGUACCCAAACCUCAACUCAAACUGCGUCAGGCCCCAUCAGGUGAAGCAAUUGUACAUCACUAAAGAGUUGCACCAGUGCCCUCUUGAGAGGCUGGGCUCAGUGAGGAGAUCCGUCGGCCUCUCCAGGCGGGAGUCAGACAUCCGGCCCAGCAAGCUCUUAACCUGGUGCCAGCAGCAGACCAAGGGCUACCAGCAUGUCAACGUCACAGACCUGACCACGUCCUGGCGGAGUGGCCUGGCCCUGUGUGCCGUCAUCCACCGCUUCCGGCCUGAGCUGAUCAACUUUGACUCUUUGAAUGAAGAUGACACUGUGGAGAACAACCAGCUGGCAUUUGACGUGGCCGAGCGUGAGUUUGGCAUCCCCCCAGUGACCACGGGCAAAGAGAUGGCCUCAGCCCCGCAGCCCGACAAGCUCAGCAUGGUCAUGUACCUCUCCAAGUUCUAUGAGCUCUUCCGGGGCACCCCGCUGAGGCCCGUGGAUGCUUGGCGCAAAAACUACGGAGAGAAUGCUGACCUUGGCAUGGCCAAAUCAUCCAUUUCUCAUAACUAUCUCAACCUCACGUUUCCAAGGAAGAGAACUCCACGAGUGGACAGCCGAACCGAAGAGAAUGACAUGAGCAAGCGGAGGCGGAAAGGCUUCAACAACCUGGACGAGCCUUCAGCCUUUCCUAGCCAGAGCUUGGGCUCCAAUCAAGAGGGCUGUAAAGAAGGUGGAAAUCAGAACAAAGUCAAGUCUAUGGCAAGUCAGCUGCUGGCCAAGUUCGAGGAGAACUCUCGGAACCCCUCACUCCUGAGGCAGGAGCACCGUGUCUCAGGGAUAGGUAAGCCCAUACUGCGCUCUUCCUCUGACCCUCCUGUUAACUCUCGCCGUCCCAAGCCAGAGGAGCCCACACCCAGCCCAUCACCAACUCUGAAAAGGCAGUUUCCCUUGGUGGUUGUCACGGGGCAUGUGCUCCGAGAGCUAAAGCAAGUGUCUGCUGGCGGCGAGUGCCCGAGCAGGCCCUGGAGAGCCCGAGCCAAGUCUGACCUGCAGCUGGGCGGGCCAGAAAAUCCCGCCGGCCUGCCUGCCACCUGCCAGGGAGCGCUGGCCCUCUCCGGGGUGCUGCGGCGGUUGCAGGAAGUGGAAGAAAAGGUUCUCCAGAAAAGGGCUCAGAAUUUGGCCAACAGAGAAUUUCACAAAAAGAACAUUAAGGAGAAGGCGGCUCACCUUGCCUCUAUGUUUGGACACGGGGAUUUCCCGCAGAAUAAACUACUCUCUAAAAGCCUGUCUCAUACUCAUCCUCCGUCUUCUCCCUCCUGCCUUCCAUCUCCUGAUUCAGCUGCUACUUCCUCUCCAUCGAGUGUUGACUCUGUUUCUCCAGCCAGAAAGGCAAAGAAGUCACCUUCAGGCUUCCAUUUCCAUCCCAGCCACUUAGGAGCGCUGUGGCCUCAGCUGACAGUAGGGAAAGUGUCCAGCGGAAUAGGGGCUGCAGCUGAAGUUCUGGUCAAUCUGUACAUGAAUGAUCACAGACCUAAGACUCAGGCCAUCUCUCCAGACCUGGAGUCCAUACGGAAGGCGUUUCCCCUGAACCUGGGUGGCAGCGACACCUGUUAUUUCUGCAAGAAGCGCGUGUACGUGAUGGAGCGGCUGAGCGCGGAGGGCCACUUCUUUCACCGGGAGUGUUUCCGCUGCAGCGUCUGUGCCACCACCUUGCGCCUGGCCGCCUAUGCCUUCGACAGUGACGAAGGCAAGUUUUUCUGCAAGCCUCAUUUCAUUCACUGUAAAACCAACAGUCAGCAACGGAAGAGACGGGCAGAGUUGAAGCAACAAAGAGAAGAGGAGGGGAUGUGGAAAGAGCAAGAAGCCUCUAGGCGAGACCCUCCUGCGGAAAGUUCUUGCGCUGCCGCCGCCAUCGGCACGCCGGAAGGCAGCCCCCCAGAUGAACCAACCUCCCCCAAGAAGCCCAAGAGUGUCCCGGAGCUCGAGCACGGGGAUGUGGCUGGCGGAGUCGCCUCCCCCCUGCCCUCUGAGUGGACGUCAGUGAGGAUCAGCCCCGGGGAGGAAGUGGUUGGGCAGGACGUGCUGGCUGUGCGUGUCCUGGUCACCAGUGACGACAGCAGCUCGGACGAAGAGGUAGACCGUGGUGGCAGUGAGGCCUCCAGUGCAGAGCCCUGGGACGAAAGACCCUGGCGACAGGGACCCCGACCCUCACCCCUCCUGAAGCCCCUCGCCCAGCACAGCUCCCUGAGGGAGGCCCUGCCCAGGGCAGUCUCUCCACGUGGCCUCGAGGAGCCUGAAGCUGUGCGUGUUCUGCAGAGGGCCAACAGCUUCCAGUUUCCAACUCCCAGCAAAUACCAGAGCGGGAGAAGAAAAUUCCAGUCGAAUAUGACACCAGUGAACAACAAAAGACCUAUGGCGCCUCCAAAGGAAGCUUCUCCUUCCCCUUCGCCUUCGCCUUCUCUGCCGUCUUCUUCUUCAGCUGGCGUCCCGCACGCUCUGGAUAGCUUGUCCCCGCCUCAGGUGACAGUUUGCAACCCUCCUUCCCAGGUCUCGAGAGGUCAUUUCAGUCCUUCCACCCCAAGCUUUCUGAGGCAAGCCAGAACCCAAGGACCACCCAAGGAAAUCCCCCUGCAUAUCCCUCAUGGCCAGGUGCUGGAGCAGACGGAAUACUGCCUGGUGAGGCCUGGUGGAGACGGCCUCGAAAGCUCGAGGCCAUCCGGCCCUGCAGAGAUGGCUUCUGAUGGGAGUCAGGAAGCAGAGGCCCCUCCUGUGGGUACCAGAAGCAUCCACAGAGGCCCACACCCCAUUGGAGGGAAGGACAGGUGCUCGCCAGACCAACAGCUGUCUCCCAGGGCUGGAGAGGACCCUGGAGAAGGGAGUACCAGACCCAGGAGGGGAGAGGAGGGUAGGUCAGAGCCGGCAGAGGAGAAGAAGUCGGGCUUAAAGAAGCUGCUUCUCACUCGGGAGCAGAAGACUAGGUUGCUAGAUUGGAAUGACUCCAACCCUAAGAGCUUGCGCCUGGAAGCCAGGGUGCGACUUUCCCAGAAAAGCCCCGAGAAUGGCCGAGGAGGAGGUGUGCUGAAACCAGUCCGCCCCUUGCUGCUCCCUCGGGCAGUGAGAGAGACCUUACCAGCCCAGAGAGAGGCUCAGGAGAAGAUGAGGACCCCAGCUGAACGGACUCCCAGGGAGCAAAGCGUGGCCCCGCCCAAGUCCCCGCUGCGGCUCAUAGCCAACGCCAUCCGGAGGUCCCUGGAGCCGCUCCUCCCCAAUUCCGACAAUGGCAGAAAGGCCUGGGCCAAGCUAGAGUCAAAGACUUUGCCCACCAGCCCACCCCACGCUUGCACUCGCUCAUUCAACCUUCGGAAAAGCAGCUCCAGUAAAGACUGGGACCAACGGUCCCCCAAGAGAGACAUAGCGAGCAGGGCCUCAGCCUUCUUCUCCCUGGGCCCCCCAGCCGCCAGGGCUGCCCAGCCCUCAGCCCUGAGCCCUCCUGACCCUGCCCUCCGCACCCACAGUUUGCCCAACCAGUCAUCCAAGACAUUUCCUGCACUCGUGUCCCCACCCUGCAGCAAGAUCGAAGAUGUCCCCACCCUCCUGGAGAAAGUGAGUUUGCAAGAGACCGUCCCAGAUGCUUCCAGGGAUCCCAAGAAAAAGACCUCACUCUUUUCCUCCCUCAGACUCAAAGACAAAUCUUUUGAGAGUUUCCUCCGAGAAUCCAGACCAAGAAAGGACCUGCAAGACCUCUUCAGCAGCCCCAAGGGGAAGGUGCCGCCCAUGGGCAAUGCCCAGCCCCCAGAGAAGCUGGUCAAUGGCACCUGUCUGGGGCAGGGGGUCCCUCCUCCUUCUCCAGAGAAAGAUGCAAGUCCCAAGCACGUCCCCAUCAGAGCACAGGUGACAGGGACUGCCUCUUCCACCUCUUCCACCACCACCUCCUCUGCAGAUGAAGAAUUUGAUCCUCAGCCUUCCUUGCGGUCAAAGGAGAGGAAGACACUAAGAAGAAGAAGGAGGCUAGAAAAAGCAACAAAACAAUUGGUUAAGCAAGAAGAAUUGAAAAGACUUCACAAAGCUCAGGCCAUCCAGAGGCAGCUGGAAGAGGUGGAGGAGUGGCAGAGGGCUUCCGAGAUCCAGGGCGUGAGGCUAGAGAAGGCGCUGAGAGGAGAAGCAGCAGAUUCAGGCACACAGGAUGAAGCACAGCUUUUGCAGGAAUGGUUUAAGCUGGUUCUGGAGAAGAAUAAAUUAAUGCGAUAUGAGUCGGAGUUACUGAUCAUGGCCCGAGAACUAGAAUUAGAAGAUCAUCAAAGCAGACUGGAGCAGAAAUUAAGAGAAAAAAUGCUCAAGGAGGAGAGCCAGAAAGAUGAGAAUGAUCUGAAUGAGGAGCAAGAAAUACUCACCGAGAUGAUGCAAGUAAUUGAGCAAAGGGACAAACUGGUGGAUUCCUUAGAGGAACAACGCGUACAAGAAAAGGCUGAAGACCAGCGCUUUGAAAGCUUCAUAUUCUCCAGGGGCUGUCAGCUGAGCAGGACAUGAGGAAGCCCCACAGGGAGCAAGCCGAGGACCAGAUCAGGCCAAGCACCCUUCACUCUCUUCUUCUUCCUUUCACAGGAUAUGUCAGACCUGGAACGUAACUUAUACCAUGCUGCAAUAUAUAUAUAUAUUUUUUGCGGUACGUGGGCCUCUCACUGUUGUGGCCUCUCCUGUUGCGGAGCACAGGCUCCGGACGCGCAGGCUCAGCGGCCAUGGCUCACGGGCCCAGCCGCUCUGCGGCAUUUGGGAUCUUCCCGGACCGGGGCACAAACCCGUGUCCCCUGCAUCGGCAGGCGGACUCCCAACCACUGCGCCACCAGGGAAGCCCCCCUGCAAUAUUUUUAAAAGAAUUUAAGAUCCUCUCAUAUGUACUCCAGCUGCCCAAGAUCCUUCCAGGGAUUAUAAUGAAGAAAAUACAAAGACUCUUUUGAAAUUGGCAGUCACCUUCAGUGGGUCUCUUAAAUUGGAGGUGACCGUGACAGAUGAUCAGCAUUGUUUUCCGUAGAAAGUGACACAGAGAUUGAUUUUCCUGCUGCUUUCAUCAUUUUCCCUUCCCAAAUUCAUUGAGUUACACAUCUAAAGAUUUUUAAGAAGCUGCCUUUUCAUUAAUAUAUCCAUAUUUGCCUUUUUUUGCAUGGAUGACCGGUUUCCAAAUGUCAGAAAGAAGCAGCCGCAGUUUAAAGAUUAGGUUAAUAUUUAAAUUGUGUUUCCAGAGAAAGAGAAGAAACCUUGAGAUUACUGAUUACAUAAAGCAAAUAAUUCAUAUAGCAGGUGUUAAUUCAAUCCAGGGUGAAUUUAAUUUACCAGGUGUAGUUAUAAGCCUUAAUAUAAUAUACAUAAGCAAUGAGAGUUUAAUAAAACAUUUGAGCCUUAAUUUUAUUUAAAAAAAAAAGAAGGAAAAAAGGAAAUAAAACUUUGACUUCAUACCAGCAGGACUGUUAGUUAACACCAAAUGCUGUUGGCUUAGAAAAGCUUUUUUUUUUCCCCCAGAGCACUCUCCUUAUUGCCGCUGCAACAUAGUGAAAAACGUUUCUAGAAAAUGAAUAAUUUUGAAGCACUUUUUUGUAACUAUUGGUAAUGGCAAAAAGUGUUAUAAAACUCUUUCAUUUGUUGAUAAAAUAUUGGUGAGGUUGAUGCUGCUACUAAAAACGAACAUUCUAGUGAUCCAGGUGAGGGAUGCUCCUCAGUGGUGGUCUUAGGUCUAAACAUCUCUGACACUGUCUCCAGGGAUUGCCCAGGAAAUCCACGACAAGACAAGGCCACCUCUGCCUUCAAGGUGGGGUGGGGAGCAGUGGUCCCAUUUACCAAAUCCCAAAGUGGGUAAUGGAUUCUUUGAUGACAUUUUCAAUGUGAAAAGAAAGCUGGGAGAUGGAGUUUGUGCACUGACGUGGGAUUCCUGGGACAUCUUGACUGUUCAUAGGGGAACCAAAGAAAAGAUUUUAAAUGGUGAUUUGUUGUCAUAAAGUAUUUGAUUGUUUUCCCUCAGUGGGAUUCUUUGAGGAGUCAGUCCAUCAUUGACAUGAGACAGACUGAAGAACUCUUUGUUGUAUGUUUGGCCUGUCAUUUCUACAAGUGUUUAAAUGUAUUGGUGGACAAAUGGUGCUUUGCAACUGCCUGGAGAGCUAACUUACCUCAGUAUAAGUUAACCCAUAAACCACUUUUGUCUGAGACGCUGUCCGUGCACACCAAUCUGGUCAGCUGAGAAGCCGGAAAUUAGAAGUGCGCUUGGAUUUCCUGAGUCAGCCAACAUUUUGGGUGGUAUUAAAACACAACCUUUCCAUGCAUAUACCAAGUUCCAAAGGUUGUAGUUCUUUUUCUUUCUUCUCUCCUUCCUUUUUCUUUUUCUUUUCUUUUUUCUUUUAAUAAUCAGGUCUUCUAGUGCCUGAAUUCUAUUAUUAGGAAAUAUAUACAAGCAUCUAUUUCUCUCUCUC